AUGAUCAGGAAGACAACCAUAGAUGCACCAUUAGUGAUAUUUUUAUUGAUCAUACCGUUUCCAGUUCUCUCUACCCUUACUGUUGCAGAACAUCUUGAUACAUAUUGCUCCAACAAUACAGGUAACUACACUCUCAACAGUCCAUUUGAGAACAACCUCAAGCUUCUACUUCAAACUUUGCCGUCCAUCACUUCAUUAACAGGCUUUAACUACACCUCUGUUGGGGAAUUCCCUGCCAAGGUCUAUGGCCAAGCACUUUGCAGAGGUGAUGUCAACUCAAGUGCUUGUCAGGCUUGUGUGGAGAAGGCAAGCCAGGAAAUCUUUGAUGAUUGCGCAAGUUUUAAAGACGCAAUCAUAUGGUAUGAACUUUGCCAAGUCCACUACUCCUUUCAGAAUAUGACUUCCCUUUAUGUUUAUACAGGGAAGUAUCCAGACUGGGAUUCUCAGGAGAAUUUUGUAUCAGAUCCUGUUCAUUUUUCUGAUGUUCUAAUGUACUUAAUGACAAACCUCUCAAAUGAGGCCGCUUUCAAUCCUUCCAAGCUCAUGUUUGCAACCGGGGAAAUCAAAUUUAGAAGAGAAACUGUAUAUGGUCAUUCACAGUGCACACGGGAUAUCAUAGCAGAUGACUGUCAAACAUGUUUGAAAACUGCUUUAGCUGAACUUGAAGGAUGCUGUUCUUCGCGGCAAGGUGGAAUUAUUGUUAGCAGGAACUGCAAUGUGAGAUUUGAGCUCUACAAAUAUUACAAUGCAUCGAGUUACUUAUUAACAUACCCAAAUCCUAAAGGAAGUAAUUGGAAGGUUGGGAUAGUGGCCUUUGUUGUGUGUACACCAAUAGUGGUGCUUGUAAUUGUCAUUGGAUUUUGCAUCGUCUGGAAGCUGCAAAAAAGAAGACAACAAAGAG